AUUGAUUGAACUCAAAGUAAUUCCCAGAGCCUUAGAGUAAAGCUUAGAAGUCAUGGAGUCGUAAAAAAGCAAAGGAUUACCACUUUUAACAGAUUGGUAAAGAAUCUUCAACACCAUUUUGAUCAAAGAAACCUCUAAGUAGCCUCAACUCUUCAUCCAUUUUCAAACCUCAUAUCGAGCCGAGACGAGCAACGAUGUCAGAAAUUUGAGUCUCUCCAACCUACAAUUGAGACAAGACAUCGAACUGAAUCGAACCAAAUUUCUAAUGGCAAACACAACUUCAAAACUCGAGAAUUCCGAGCAGACACUCUUGAAAAUUGGCAUUCCUCUAGCUCUAUCAGCAGCUGGUGGAGUAUGUUGUGGCAUAAUGAUGGCAAGAAGUUCAUUUCCCUCCUUAAAUCCAUUCAAACGCAUAUCACAACUCGUUAAAAAUGAGAGCUUUGACAGCCAAAAUCACUCAGCUCCACUUCCUUUGAAGCAAAAAGAAACUUCACCCAAUAUUGAGGAAGUUCUUUUAGGCUUAAAAAACAGAGUUGAAGAUCUUGAAAGAAAGGAAUUGGGUAUUGAAAAGCAGUUCAUUUGGUACCAAAAUUUGAAAGAGAAGGAAGCUUUGCUGAUGGAGUUGAAGAACACCUUGGUUUUGGACAUGGCUCAUAUCAGGUUCUUGGAGAAGGAGAUUUUGCUAAUGGAAGAAGAAAACAAAAGGUUUGAGAGUUUGGUGACUGAAUAUUUGGGAGUUUCAGAGCAGUUUGAAGGCCAAAAACCAGAAAACAGGUUACUUGAGAGAGAAGUAAAGAAACUGAAGAAGAGAUUGAAGGACCAAUCAAAGAUGAUAAGAGAGAAGAAUUUGAAGAUUGAAGAGAGUAGAACAGAGUUUUGGAGAAACAAUGAAGAAAUGGAAAGGAAGAAGAGGAUGAUUGAGAAAUUGAGGAAUGAACUAAGAGAGCUCAAAAUGCAAAUGGAGAACAAUGCUUCAUCUUCAUCACCAUUUAAGAUUGAAGAAGAAAAAGAAGUGACAAUGAAGGAUGUUAGCAAGCUUUCAAUUGGAAACCAUGAACAAGAACAGAAAGAAAACCACAAGGAUUUGGAUCAAAAGGAAUCCUCUCCUGAUAAAACUACAAGACCAAAGCUCACGGAGGAUGUCAACAAGCUUUCGAUUGGAAACCAUGAACAAGAACAAGAAGAACAGAAAGAAAAUCACAAGGAUUUGGCUCAAAAGGAAUCUUCUCCUGAUAAAACUAAAUAUACAAGGCCAAGGCUUCUUCGAAGGAUAAGCGAUUCUGGGAGUAGUGAAAUGAAUACAAAGAUGAAGAAAAAAAUUAGACCACAAUAACCUCUAAAUUAGCUCUUGUUCAUAUGAUUUGUAAUUUUGUGUGGAGUAUUUUUCUAAAAAAAAAAAAUGUUUUUUUUUCUUCCAAUAAAAUAUAAUAAAAAAAAAGUGAGAUUUAUAACGGCUAAUGGGUUCCAGUUAUUGGAAAGGGUUCUAUGGUCGGUCCGCGACCUUGGAUACCGAAGACGUCCUUGGAGUGAUUUAUAACGGCUAAUGGGUUCCAGUUAUUGGAUAGGGUUCUAUGGUCGGUCCGCGACCUUGGAUACCGAAGACGUCCUUGGAGUGAUUUAUAACGGCUAAUGGGUUCCAGUUAUUGGAUAGGGUUCUAUGGUCGGUCCGCGACCUUGGAUACCGAAGACGUCCUUGGAGUGAUUUAUAACGGCUAAUGGGUUCCAGUUAUUGGAUAGGGUUCUAUGGU